AUGCAGCCCAGUACACCACCAGGUUAUGUAUUCGCAGACAGAGACGAACUGGAUACUGCACUUGGUACCAAUUGUGAUGGGGAUUACUCAACCACCGGAAACUAUGGUGAUAUUUCAACGUGGGUUGUCUCAAAAAUUACUGACUUCACAGAUCUCUUUCGAACCUGUACCACGUUCAACCAAGAUAUUUCUCAGUGGGACACCAGCAAUGUCAUUACAAUGAGAUCGGCGUUUUUCGGAGCUUCAGCAUUUGAUCAAAAUCUGAACAAUUGGGAUACCAGCGCUGUAGUCGAUUUCUACCAAGCAUUUUCGGGGGCAGCUGCAUUCACAGGUACUGGUCUUUCCAACUGGAAAAUUACGAGUGCAACAGACAUGCAACUGAUGUUUUAUCAAGCAAGCGUGUUCAACGAAAAUAUUGGAAGCUGGGACGUCAGUAAGGUGGAGAUUAUGACCUCUAUGUUUGCCAGAGCAUCAAAAUUCGAAAAGGACCUGAGCACCUGGAGUACAAUUAUGGUGAAAGAUUUCGGUCGCAUGUUUGUUCUGGCAACCUCGUUCACUGGCAGUGGCCUUUCAGGUUGGCAAACUUCUAGUGCAACAGAUAUGAAUGCGAUGUUUAGAAGCACAAAGUUCGAGCAGAAUCUCAAUGGCUGGGAUACAAGUUUGGUAGAGGACUUCAGUGAAAUGUUCAAGUCGGCAACUUUGUUCACAGGCGGCGGCCUUUCUGAUUGGAAAACCUCUAGUGCAACAGAUCUCCAACAAAUGUUCAUGAGUGCAAGCGUCUUCAACGAGGACAUCUCAGACUGGGAUGUGUCCAAUGUUGGGGAUUUCCAACAAAUGUUCAGCGGCGCCAGUGCCUUUUCCAAGGACUUGACUACCUGGGGAACCAAGAUCACGAGUACAACAGCGCCUACGACUGAAAUGUUUUUGAGUACUUCAUGCACUACACAGACAGACCCAGACGUCUCAAUCACUCCAAAGGGACCAUUCUGCCCCUAA